AUGCAGAAAGCACUUCAUUUGGUUCCUAGACUUUCCUUCCAACUUGACCAGGACACCCCAUCCUUUAAUUCUGCCGCAGGAUCACCCCUGCAUGCUUCCACAGUGCCACUUGCUUCUUUCGCAGCGCCAUCUACUCCUUCAACAACACCUUCAUCGUCUCCUAUCGAGCCGCAAAUCAUCAUUGCAUCACCUCAGCAUGCUGGCCAUGACUCGUCCUCGCUCCCGACAGAACCGUCCUCGCCCACCGUUCCUACGCAGCCCUCUUUUGCGGCUUCUAGUGAUAAGUCGACCUUAGUUGAGUCUCCCAGCAUACCACAGCCUUGCAUUCCAGUUGAGCCAACUCAGUUGCGGCGCGGCGAUCGAGUUAGAAAUCGGCCAAAGCAUCUUGCGCACGCAUUCUAUGAGCGUAGCUUCUAG